UCAAAGGUUGUUUGGUCAACAAAACUGGCACUAGCGAUGGCUUGCCAAGAAGGCGUGUGCCAUUCCCUGGACGAUGAGCUGGAUGAGGUCAUGGAGCCUCCACUGGACGAGUUUGACAUGUGGCACCAUCAGCAAGAGGUGAACAGUGCCGGUACGUUCGCUCCUGAGAAACGAGCGAUGAUCUCUCAGCUACAGAAGUCCUUUUUGGACCAGUUGAACUCCGAAUGUGACCUGAAUGCGGCUGCAGCCAAGGCGCUUCUGAGCUUGAAGGGCGCCUCCCCUUCCAGUGCCUCUACCGAGUUCGUCAUCUUUGACGAAGAUGACAGGACGGAGCACGAGGAGCACCUGGAUGCCUUUGACCUGUUGGCGCACCGCAGCGCUGCAGUGCAGCAGAUGGAUGAGGAACGACAGCAGUUGGUAGCCAAGAUGCAGGCAAAAUUUUUGGAUGCCUUGGGGGAGGAGGAAGAUGUGAACGGCGCCGCUGCUACAGCGCUGAAGAAUCUCAUUGCAGCCCCUUCCAAACAGCCCGGGAGCCAGAAGCUUAAAGAGCUGUUCGAGGCACUUUUCCACGAGAACUUGGUGCAACUGAAGGAUGCCAAUGCCGCUGCUGCCAGCGCGUUAAGGACUCUGGCUGCCAGAAACUUGGCACCCUGAGUGCCAGGCUUCGCCCCCAAAUUUUGCCGUGCCGCGAGGUGGCACACAAUCCCAUUGCCUGAUCUUCCGGCUCUCUGUACAGUUCAUAAUCUUCAGCACAGCCCCGCGAGACCAAAUUUGGAGCGCCCGGGAAGCAUGCCAAGCCCCGUGGGGCGAGACAACGAAGCAGUGAUAGAAUCUUUUGUGGAAUUCCACCAUGGCUGAAUGGACUUCAAGUGGUCAGUUCUCACUCCUCCUUGGCGGUUCUUUUCAAAAUCUUUCCGCUCUUCUCUCUUGGUAAAAAAACGGCAAAAAAGCAAUUGUGGGCCACGAGUGCGUCCGUUCACUCUUUUUGCGGUUGGAAGUUGAAGUGCCCAAAGGGCGUAUCUUCGAACAUAGCUUGACAAGAACCGAUGCACCUGUGCAGGCAGGCGAAACA